AUGAAGAUUGACAGCAGAAAGACCACUUUUCGCUAUUAUGCACCUUACUGGAGUGAUUAUAAAGGAUACAACCUUCCUGGGGGAGAGACUGGGUUCGACGGACAGGAAUCAAAGGUACCCACCUACUGGAACACAGCCUUCCCCAAGAUCUGUCUCGGCAUGAAGAUCGGACAACAGCUCAGGUUCAUUGUCAUCCACAAGCAAGCUGACUCUCUGUUUUCACUGAUCGCUGAUGGGCAAUACCGCGCCACCUUACUGGGUCGUGACAAGUGGAAAGAGUUGAUUGGUUCGCAAGGAUCAUUACAGUACAACUGCGAAAAAGAAGGGUUUAAUGUCGUUUGUAGUCGGAGUGGGCAUUCUAAAGCCAGAAUUGGUAUUGUUAGCGAAAACAAGAAUAGUUCGUUCGUGGCUCGUGCGACUCAAGGAUCGGAUUUGGCACAGAAGGGUACCCUGACACCUCAAACACGUGUGGUAACGAGGCCGUUAUCAAUUCAGAUAAUGGAGACAAACACCUAA